UCCGGGGCGGCGUCGGGCUGUGGGCCACGGGCUAAGCGUCACCUUCAGGGCUGGAUCUCAGGUCCCGCCCCACCGAGCCCGCCCCUCCGCUAGCAAGGCCCCUAGCGGGCGCGACCAAGGAGUUGCUGCCCCCGGCCAGCCUGGGGCGGCCGGCCCAUAACCACCCGAUGAGAUGGAAUCACAGAAUUCAUCACUUCACUCAGUAAUAGUUUGGAUAAAUUUAGCAAGAUUUUUUCUCUCUAGGGAUGGUGAAGUUGGAAAAAAGCUCCUGUAACUCCCCUCCAGAAUGAACUCCCUGCCAGAAGACAUGGAGAAUGCUCUCACAGGGAGCCAGAUCUCUCAUGCUUCUUUGUGCGAUGUCCACUCAAUCAACCCUACACAGCUCAUGGCCAGGAUUGAGUCCUAUGAAGGAAGGGGGAAAAAAAGCAUAUCUGAUGUCAGGAGGACUUUCUGUUUGUUUGUCACCUUUGACCUCUUAUUUGUAACAUUACUGUGGAUAAUAGAGUUAAAUGUGAAUGGAGGCAUUGAGAACACGUUAGAGAAAGAGGUGGUACACUAUGACUUCUACUCUUCUUAUUUUGAUAUAUUUCUUUUGGCAGUUUUUCGAUUCAAAGUGUUAAUACUUGCCUAUGCUGUGUGCAGACUGCGCCAUUGGUGGGCAAUAGCGUUGACGACAGCAGUGACCAGUGCCUUUUUACUAGCAAAAGUGAUCCUCUCAAAGCUUUUCUCUCAAGGAGCUUUUGGUUAUGUGCUGCCCAUUAUUUCAUUCAUCCUUGCCUGGAUCGAGACAUGGUUCCUGGAUUUCAAAGUGUUACCUCAAGAAGCAGAAGAAGAAAACAGACUCCUGAUAGUUCAGGAUGCUUCGGAGAGGGCAGCACUUAUACCUGGUGGUCUUUCUGAUGGUCAGUUUUAUUCUCCUCCUGAAUCUGAAGCAGGAUCUGAAGAAGCUGAAGAAAAGCAGGACACUGAAAAACCACUAUUAGAGCUAUGAGUACUACUUUUGUUAAAUGUGAAAAACUCUGAGUGAAAAUGACUGGAGGGCACAAAGGACUGGAGAUGGGGUCUCCCUAUGGAAAGCUGAAGUGGUGACAUCCACUGCUGAUUUGAUUGAUGGUGAAUAAAGAACCCAUUUGUUGUAAUACCUCACAGACACUGUACCAUAUUCACAUGUACUUAGUAACCUGCCUGUGGCAGGUGAGAUAACGUAAUGAUUCAUCCCAUGUGCAGUGGGACUGAGUCUGAUCUGUAAUGAAUAGUUGCCAAAAGGUCUUAUGCUGUAUUCCUAAUCAACAGACUCCUUAAUAUAUUAUAGUAACACAUUUUUAGUAAGCAAUAUAACUUUUAUUUGAAUUCACAGAAUGGAAUUGUUUUGUUUCAUGUCUCAGAUUUUUUUUUUUGUAUUUCUUUUUUAACAUCCUACAUUUCCUUUGUGUUUUUUUUUAACUCAUGCAUAUGUGCUCUUUGUACAACUUUAAAAUGUAAUAAAAUCCCACAUAUCAAAA